AUGUCCAAAGAACUCAUUGACUUUGUGGCGCUCCAGGAGACUAUUAAAGCCGAUUUCUCCUUUAGAGACCUUUUGGCGUAUGAUCCGCUCCAGCGUUUUGAUUGGUUCUGGAUUCCGUCUGUCGGCCUCUCUGGGGGUCAACUGAUGGGUUGCAACAAGGAUGUGUGUGAGGUUAUAUCGUGGGAGGGCGGCACGUUCUAUAUAGCUGCCACUAUCCGUCACCGGGUCUCCCAAGCUUCUUGGGUGAUCGCGAGUGUUUAUGGGCCGGCGGAUCACGCGAGGUCCGCUAUUUUCUUAGAUGAAAUCACAGCUAUGGUGGGGGCCAAACAAUCGUCCAACCUACCAGUGGUGGUAGGAGGUGAUUUCAACUUGAUCCGCUCGGGGGCGGACAAAAGCAACAACAAUAUUGACUGGGCUAGGGUGUCCAUGUUCAAUAAUGCCAUUGCGUACGCUGCCCUUCGGGAGAUCGCGCGUACUGGGGCCAGAUACACUUGGACUAACAAGCAACGUGAGCCAAUCAGAUGUGUCCUGGACCGUGUCUUUUGCACUAGUGACUGGGAGGCGCUGUUUCCUCUCUGUACUUUAGUGGCGGAAACGCGCAUAGGAUCCGAUCACGUCCCGCUGAUUUUGUCCUCAGGGGAGGACAACGUGCGCCGUAGUCAUAGAUUCUUCUUUGAGACAGCUUGGUUCGAACAUGAGGGUUUCAGCCAGCUAGUCACAAAUCGCUGGUCCCAGAUCGGCAACCAGUUGGGGCGUCAACGAGGACCAGUUGAGUUCUGGUCCUCAGCGGCUGCGGCUUUGCGUGCUUUCCUUAGGGGCUGGGGAGCUAACCAUGGUAGCGAGUCCAAAAGGGAGAGGGAGCGCAUUACGGCAGAUAUAGCCCUCCUCGACUCGCAGGCUGAUAUUAGAACCUUCUCUGGUGACGAAUGGGAGCUUAGAUACUCUCUUGAACAUCAGGUCCUGGCUAUUCUCAGGGCGGAGGAGGAAUACUGGCGCCGUAGGGGUGGUGUCAAGUGGGUAGUGAAAGGCGAUGCAAACACAGGAUACUUUCACGCUUACGCUAACGGUCGCAAACGGAAGAGCACUAUCCUUAGGCUCCAAUCAGAACGUGGGAUGCUGAUAUCUCAGAACGAUAUAGCGAAGUACAUCUAUAGCUUCUUCGUUGAGCUGUUGGGAACAGCUGAGGUGAAAAACCUAAGUCUUAGGGCAGACUUUUGGGGCAUGCACGAACAAGUCUCGCAGCAGGAAAACGACGCCCUUAUGGUGUCCUUUUCAGCCCAGGAGAUUGAUUGCGCACUUGCGGGUAUGAAGAACGACACGGCCCCAGGGCCUGACGGCUGGCCGGUGGAGUUUUUCAAGCGCUUCUGGCCGCUGCUUAGGGACUUAUUCCAAGCGAUCAUAAACGGCUUCGCCCUAGGUACGGUUGACCUGUCUCGUCUGAAUUACGGGGCCAUCUGCCUAAUCCCCAAGGUCAAAGGGGCAGAAGCUAUUACACAGUUUCGGCCAAUUACGCUCAUCAAUGUUCCCUUUAAAUUGUGCGCCAAAGCUUAUGCUUCUAGGCUAGCGACGGUCGCCCAACAAGUUAUUAGUUCGAGCCAAACUGCUUUCCUGAAGGGUAGGAACAUCCUGGAAGGGCCCAUUGCUCUUACGGAGAUUGUACACGAGUUAAAACGAACACAGGAGCAGGGUGUCAUUAUUAAGUUAGAUUUCGAAAAAGCUUAUGACCGCGUAAAUUGGGAGUUUAUUCGCGAGGUCUUCCUCAAAAAGGGUUUUGAGGCAGGGUUUGUUCACCGGAUCAUGAGCCUGAUCUCGAGUGGCAACACCUCGGUCAUUGUUAAUGGCGAGAUGGGGAAAUAUUUCCGUAACAGGAAAGGGCUUAGACAGGGCGAUCCCAUAUCCCCACUUGUCUUUAAUUUUGUGGCAGAUGCAAUGGCAGCCAUGUUGACCAAGGCCAGGGAGGCCGGUCACAUCAAGGGGCCACCUGAAGCGUCCAACACCCAACGCUUCCACUUCUUUGCUGCAAGAACAUCGGAGGGGUCAUUGCUCUCUAGCCCAAGCGCAGGAUUCGAGCUCCCCCCAAGCAAUCCCCGGCCGGCAUCGUCUUCCUCCGCUCCUCCGUGCAUUGAUCCUACUAACUACAAAAUGCAGAAGCAUGAAAUCGGGCAUGAUAGCUCGCCGGGCACCCAGUCCCUGUCAACCAUCAUCAGUCAUAACAGAUCUGUGCGUCUUAGAUUUCUCAAAGAAUUCAAUGAGUUGAAGUACGGGAGUGUCACUGAAGAUUACAAGGCAAUCAAUCGAAAGAGGCAUGAACUUAUCAGCACCCUUGAAAAGCUGCAACUUGUACCUAUCAAGUUGCCCUAUGCCAGUGUAGCUCUCAAGUCAUCAAAUGUGACAUUACAUGAUGAAGCACAAAGUGGGAACAAUAUUAGUUCUGAUAAUAUUAUAGAAUUGGAUCUGUACAAUGUUGGAGAUGAUACCCAUGCUACCAUGGACAAUACUGGGGCUCAGAAAACUGUUUGCUUACUUGAUUCUGAUGACGAGGACACGGUUCAAUCCUUUGUAGAUGGAAAUUUAUCUGAUUCUAAGCAAAAUACUGAUUUUAUCCAAGAAUGCAUGCUGGCUGAGCAGCCUUGCCAAUACCAGGACAUCAGUUUUGAAGCUCAACUUGUAGUUGAGCCAGGAAAGGACAGCAUGGACAUUGACAAUGAGCCCAAGGAAAUCGCUUUAUUUGAUGGCCAUAGUACUUCAGAGCCACAACUGAUCAAGCAAGGACAGAAUGACAUAAACAUUUACGCCGAGAGUCGUGACAAGGAGAGAGAAACAGGGGAAGGAGAAGGUGAGGAUGUCCAAAGUAAACAACACAUGGAGAACAACAAUAUAUCUGUUGCAGAUUCUUGUGAAAUAUCUUGUGAGGUCAUACAAAGUAAUUCAACGGCAAAUGGACAUUAUAAUCACUAUGAUAACAAUGACAAUCCAGUUGAUGACCUGGAUGACCUUUGGAACGAAAUGUCUGUUGCAUUGGCAUGUUCAAAGACCAUUGGAAGCGAUCACAGUAUUGUUCCGUCGGAGAAGAACAAUUCUGAAGUAGUGGAUGAUUGUCAUCACGACUUCCUGAUGAAAGAUGAUUUGGGCAUUGUAUGUCGUGUUUGUGGUUUGAUCCAGCAACGUAUCGAGAAUAUUUUUGAGAUAAACUGGAAAAAGCGUAAGCAAUCCCACAGAACUUAUGCGCCAGAACCCAGAAACUACAAUGAGCUGGAGGCAACUACCAGUCCUUCAGGAAAUAUUCUUCAAGUUGUCCCUAGUGCUCUCUCAAUCCACUCUCAGCAUUCAGAACAGAUGAAACCUCACCAAGUGGAAGGCUUUAAUUUCUUGGUCAAGAACCUGGCAGAUGAGAACAACCCUGGAGGUUGUAUUCUAGCACAUGCACCAGGUUCUGGAAAGACUUUUAUGCUAAUUAGCUUUGUUCAAAGCUUCCUGGCCAGAUACCCUGCAGGAAGGCCAUUGAUUAUCCUUCCAAAGGGCAUUCUGGCAACAUGGAGAACAGAAUUUGUCCAUUGGCAAAUUAAGGACAUGCCCAUACCCUUGUUUGACUUCUAUUCCUCCAAAGCUAAUACCCGGUCUGAACAACUCAAGGUUUUGAACUUGUGGGAAGAAAAGAGAAGCAUAUUGCUGCUAGGGUAUCAUCAAUUUGCAUGCAUAGUAUCUGAUAGGAAUACUUAUAAAAUAGAAGCUGUCAUGUGCCGAGAUAAGUUGUUGAAGGUCCCAAGCCUUGUCAUUCUAGAUGAAGGCCACACUCCGAGAAAUGAGCAAACUGACUUACUCACUGCACUUGGAAGUAUAAGAACUCCUAGAAAAGUGGUUCUCUCAGGAACCUUGUUUCAGAAUCAUGUAAGAGAGGUUUUCAACAUUCUGAACCUUGUGCGGCCAAAAUUCCUGAAGAUGGAGAAACCUCGUGCAAUAGUGAAGCGCAUACUAAGCAAGGUUGACAUGUUGGGGAAGAGUGCACGGUCAAAGUACACUUCAGAUAAGUACUUCUAUGAUGUAGUUGAAGGAAACCUUAAAAAGGAUGCAGAUGAUAAAAUGAGAGUAAUGAUCAUCCAGAAUCUACGCGAGCUAACCGCAAAUGUGCUGCACUAUUAUAAAGGUGAGCUUUUGGAGGAACUACCCGGACUUGUGGACUUCACCGUUUUUCUGAAUAUGAGUACCGAGCAGGAAAAUAUCCUUAGGAGUUUGGUAAGACUAGAUAAUUUUAGCAGGAAAACAGCAUGCAGCGCUGUUUAUCUUCAUCCGUGCUUAAAGAAUAUUCAAAACGUUGAAGGGAAAAAUCGAGAUAUUGCUGUUCAGAAGAUUGAUUCCAUCAUAAAAAGUGGAAUUGAUAUCAAGGUUGGGGCAAAGGCAAAGUUUAUAUACAAUUUGUUGUGUCUUUCAGAAGCUGCAGGAGAGAAGGUACUCGUGUUCAGCCGGUAUCUGAACCCUCUGGUUUUCUUGGAAAUGCUGCUCAUAAGAAUGAAAGGAUGGAAACCAGAGGUGCACAUGUUUAAAUUAAAUGGUAAAUCAACACAAGAGCAGCGAGACAAGGCGGUUGAGAGAUUCAACCACUCAGCGGAUGCUAAAGUUUUGUUUGGUUCCAUCAAGGCAUGCGGCGAGGGCAUCUCCCUUGUUGGCGCAUCACGCGUUGUCAUUCUGGAGGUCCAGGAAAAUCCUUCUGUGACGCGACAGGCAAUUGGACGGGCAUUCAGACCAGGGCAGUCCCGAAUGGUGCAUUGCUACCGCCUUGUUGCCGCCGACUCCCCAGAAGAGGAGGAUCACAUGACAGCCUCCGGAAAAGAAUGGAAGUCCAAGAUGUGGUUCGAAUGGAACGAGCUUUGCAGCAGUGAUGAUUUUGAGCUUGCCGCUGUGGAUAUUUCAGAGAGCGGGGACAGGUUUCUCGAACACGAGGCACUGCGACAAGAUGUCAAAUCUCUGUACAGAAGGUGAACAACGGAGGCAAUCGCUGACCAGUGAGAAAGAAAGAGGAAGAAUAAUCUAGGUAGGAACUGAAGUGGCUUCUUUGCAGUAUUUUGUCUGAUCAUCUGAAGUGUGGUAGUAUGAGAGAUAUAACAAGCAUUUGCACUCUCAAAUGUUAAAAGUGUCUAUUCGUUGGCAUUUUCUGUCUCCAUUAAAAUGAUGAUAAAUUUCACGAGUCGUGGUAAUGUGGUACUGCUAAUGACUAUUCCAAUGCAAGUGAUCUAGGUUUCAGUUCAACUUUUGCUGUCAUGUGAGUCGAACCAAUUGUGUGAUGUUGUCUGUCCGCUGAA